UGAGGCUGCAUGUUGAUGCAGUGCAAAGGUGGUGGUGAUGAGGACGUGGGGGGCGGUAGUCUGGAAGUGUUAGUGUCAGAAGGCGUGCUGAAAGUUCUCUGAUAACCAUCGGUGAAAAACCUGAGAGGAGAGGCGGAGCGAUGGUAAUCACAGGCAGGAAGUGACUGCGCCGUGGCAAGGAAACCGCAGGAGAGCGGCUGACCUUGCUGAUUCGCUGCGCUGCUUGUGCUCUUAAUCCUGUACUGCUUCAACUUUGCUGCACAGUUGUGGAGCGUGUGACCCCCUAACUUUACACACUGGGACGCCAGCGCUAAAGAAGGCCCUGUUUCUGUCAGGAGCAGUCGUUUGAAUCGCUGAGGUGCAAGAAGUGCAGCUUCUUUCUGAAAGCGAGAUCAGCGAGAUCCAGCCGACAAGCGUUCCAGUUCUACCACCAGACCCAAGAAAGCAGCACAACAGCAAAACAUCGCACAGGACUGACAGCCAGCUCAGCUUAAAUCGAGCCACUGCAUCAGAAACAGAGCGGGAGGUGUGCAGUUAUGUGAGACUGAACAUGCAGAACCAGAGUGGCAAAGAUUACUGGCACCGUCACAGACUCAGCGAUCACCAUGACAACAACACAGAUGAAGAUGACUAUGCCGUUCCGGAGGAAGACUACGACGACGGGAUAGUGCACAUUCAGCCAGCGAAACACUGCCCCACUAACACGGAGUAUGCAGACCGGAGACCAGACCACAGACCACUCCCCUGUGUUCCAGUCAGAGGAGAUGACAAAUUCAACACUCCCCCAAGGCCUCCAAAGAGGGUGAUCCCAGGACCCGCAGUUAACAGAGCAUGCAAGCCAGGCAGAGAGGCCAAAACUAAGACAGAAGGGUUCCCUAAGAGCAGAGCUCCUGAGACCAAUCAGAAUCUAAAAAGCCCACAGAGACCUGCCAAGCCUGUGGCGGUGGUCCCUGGGCAUGUCAGCACCGUCGUGAGGCCGAGGCUCUGUUCACCUGGGGAUGAAAGCCCCGCAGACCCCCUCACAUCACCCAUUGAGCCAACAUGGAGGGAGCAGCACAAGUUUCAGGCUAACAGCAAAAGUUCAGUUUCACUUGGUGGUUCUAAAAGCAAACCGCCACUGCCAACACAAAGAUUGUCCUUAGAUCUUGAGUCGCAAGAGCUUUUUGAUGCAAGAAAAAUGCAUGGAAAAGAAGGCACGGCAGAGAGGCCCUCAGUGAAGAGAAACCAUGAGUGGCCUCAAGAUAAAGGAGAUUUAGAUCACACCAACUUCUCUCCUCAAGAGAGGCCCGCUGAGAUGUCAGACUGGUAUGUGGGUGCCUUUUCCCGAGUGGAGGCUGAACAUGCUCUUCAUCUGGUGAACAGGGGAGGAGCCUUCCUGGUCAGGGACUGCUCCAAGUGCACCCCCCUGGAGCCCCUGGUCCUGGCGGUGUUUUAUGAGAACCGAGUGUUUAACAUUCAGAUCCGAUACAGUCAGAGGACCAGCCAGUACACUCUGGGCACAGGACUGAGGACCAAUGACGAAUUCAAUUCUGUAGCUGACAUCAUCAAAUUCCAUUCUAUUUUUCCGAUCGCCCUGAUCGAUGGGAGACACCCAAACGAGGACCACCAGAAAAGAUCCUGUGUCCUCAUGUACCCCAUCACCAGAGAAAACAUGCUUCAGCUGCUGAGCAUCUAAACCGAGGACGAUGCCAACCUCUAUAGGCAUUUAAAUGAACACUUACUGCCAAAAGACAUAAUUACCAAAAAAACUUAAUUACUAGAUUGUGAUAUUUUCAACUUAAUUAAAGAU